UUAGCUACCCAGGACCAUGUCGGGCCUCAGCAGCCCGCCGCUCCUCAACGACGAGCUUUCCAAGCGCACCGCCGUCUUCGGCCUCCACAUGUGGGUCGUCGUCGGCAUCUGCGUCGGCGCCGCCUUCGUCCUCCUCCUCUUCCUCAUCUCCCUCUGGCUCGCAUCCAGGCACGGUCCGCCCACCCCAUCCCCCCGCCCCAUUCCGACCGCCUCCAUCCCGAUCGUCUCCAAGGAAAUCCAGGAGAUCCGCGUCGACCCCUCUUUUCGCUCGUCGGCCGCCCGCCCACUCGGCGAGAUCCUCCGGAAGCCGCUCCCGGAAUCCGACCCCCCCUCGUCGGCGUCCAUCGAGCGGCAGGCCCUGCUGACGCCGGCUUUGGAGGAGGAGAGCCUGAUCGAGCAGCAAAAGAUCCACAUUGAAAUCGGGAAGGGCCAUAGGAUCAUGUACCCUGAGCGCAGUGGCGGCGGCGGCGGUGUGGAGGGCCGGUCGGUGGAUCACGCCUUGAUCCGGGCUCCGGAGGUGUCUCAUCUGGGAUGGGGGCACUGGUACACUCUCAGGGAGCUCGAGGUGGCCACCAACAUGUUCGCCGAUGAGAAUGUGAUCGGCGAAGGUGGCUACGGCAUUGUCUACCUUGGACUACUGCAGGACAACACUCAGGUCGCAGUGAAGAACUUGCUCAACAACAGAGGCCAAGCUGAGAGGGAGUUCACGGUCGAAGUGGAGGCAAUUGGCCGCGUGCGACACAAGAACUUAGUGAGGUUACUGGGUUACUGUGUGGAAGGUGCUCACAGGAUUCUUGUAUAUGAGUACGUUGACAAUGGGAACUUGGAUCAAUGGCUUCAUGGGGAUGUGGGACUCUGUAGCCCUCUUACUUGGGAGAUACGUAUGAACAUCAUUCUUGGAACAGCAAAAGGGUUGAUGUACUUGCAUGAGGGGCUCGAACCAAAGGUAAUUCACAGGGACAUUAAAUCAAGUAACAUUUUGCUUGAUAAGUACUGGAAUCCAAAGGUCUCAGAUUUUGGGCUCGCAAAGCUUUUGGGGUCAGAGAGGAACUAUGUAACGACACGGGUGAUGGGAACAUUUGGUUAUGUAGCUCCUGAAUAUGCUAGCACUGGCAUGUUGAAUGAGAGGAGUGAUGUUUAUAGUUUUGGGGUUCUCAUUAUGGAGAUAAUUUCUGGUCGAAACCCAGUUGACUAUAACAGGCCAACAGGAGAGGUUAACCUGAUUGAAUGGAUCAAGACAAUGGUCAGCAAUCGUAAUUCUGAAGGUGUUUUGGAUCCUAAAUUGCUUGAGAAACCUUCUUCAAGGGCAUUGAAAAGGGCUCUUUUAGUGGCACUUCGAUGCAUAGAUCCCGAUUCACAAAAGAGGCCAAAGAUGGGACAUGUGAUACAUAUGCUUGAAGUUAAUGAUUUUCCUUAUCGAGAUGAACGACAAGCCAACCAAACCUACAGAAGCAGCCCUCUGGAGAAAGCAAAACUACUGGAGAUCGUUGAAUCAGGUGAUAGCAGUGGCCACGAGUGCAAUACCAACGUUAAUAGGUCUUCAAGGUGGAGAAAGCAAGACGAUUAGCUUGUUGUGGUGUGGGGUUAUAAGAAAUCUGUUUCUGCAUCUUCAUGGUUUCUCAAUCUUAACCUGGCUUAUAUGCACACUGUUGAACAUGUACUUCUGUAUUGACUUAUAGUAUACAAAAUCGUCCACAGCUCUGGCUAUUCUCCUUGCA